AUGCCAUCCACAUACAAGAGGGAUAAGCCGUGGGAUACGGAUGACAUCGAUAAGUGGAAGAUCGAGCCAUUCAAAUCCGAGGAUAAUGUCGCUGGUAGCUUCGCCGAGGAAUCCUCUUUCGCUACUCUCUUCCCUAAAUACCGUGAAGUUUACCUGAAGGAAGCAUGGCCACUUGUAACAAGGGCUCUGGAAAAGCAGGGGAUCGCUUGUACUCUGGAUUUGGUAGAGGGUAGCAUGACUGUGAAGACCACCCGGAAGACUUAUGACCCAGCCGCAAUUCUCAAGGCCCGUGAUCUUAUCAAGCUGCUUGCCAGAAGUGUGCCUGUGCAACAGGCUUUGAAAAUCCUCGAGGAUGGCGUCGCAUGUGAUAUCAUCAAAAUCCGAAGCCAAGUCCGCAACAAAGAACGUUUCGUUAAGCGUCGCCAACGGAUCCUAGGACCGAACGGUUCGACUCUCAAAGCUCUCGAGCUCUUAACCCAGACUUAUAUCCUGGUGCAAGGAAACACUGUCUCCGCAAUGGGUCCUUAUAAGGGUCUGAAAGAAGUGCGCAAGGUGGUGAACGACUGCAUGGCCAACAUCCAUCCCAUCUACCACAUCAAGGAGCUCAUGAUCAAGCGUGAAUUGGCCAAGGACCCCACAUUAGCCAACGAAUCCUGGGACCGAUUCCUGCCAAAUUUCAAGAAGCGCACCCUCUCGAAGCGUCGCACGCCAUUCAAGGUUACCGACAAGUCCAAGAAGGUCUAUACUCCUUUCCCACCGGCCCCGGAGAAGAGCAAGGUGGACUUGCAGAUCGAGUCGGGCGAGUACUUCUUGUCCAAGGAAGCCAAGGACCGCGCACAGAAGGAAGAGCUUAUGGAGAAGCAGCGCGUGAAGCGCGAGGAAAAGAUGAAGGAGCGGGCCAAGGCCUUCGUGCCGCCCGAGGAGCUGGAGAGUGCCAAAAAGGAGAAGAAAGAGAAGAAAGAGAAGAAGCGAAAGCGCGAGGCGGAAGCAGAAGCAGACGUCGAUGGCUCCGAAAAGAAAGAGAAGAAGAAGAAGAAGAGCAAGUCGAAGGAGAGCGCCUCGUCGGACGGAGAAUCUUAA